AUGGGCACCGACGGCGUCGGCGAUCGGAGCAAGCACAACCCCGACGUCGACAACUUGAAGUCCUCCCUGAAGAAGUCCUCCUUCGGCAAGAAGGACAGGAAAUCCAACAGGGUGGUCUUCAACGAAACCAAAAACGAAUUCUUCGACGCCGACUACAUCAUUUUAAUUAGAGAAGAAUGCGACUUCGACGAAGAGGACGACGACGGCGUCUGCACCUGCUACCAGCAGGAGAUGGUCCGGCUGCAGUGCUGCGAGCCGGACUGCGCCUGCGGCGGCGGCGGCUUCGGGCCCCCCGACGCCGACAAUCCGACGCCGCAGAGCCCCAAGUUCGCGCCGCCGAUGGAGUUCGUGGACGCCGUCACGCUGAGCCCGCCCGAGGGCUACAAGGACAUGGAGAUGGAGGAGCUGGCCUACAAGCAGAUGGCGAGGAGCCGGCAACAGCGGACGGCCGUCUGCAGGGAGUGCAGCGCCAGCCAGGAUUGCGACGGGGAUGAUAAAGGUGAUAACUGUCAACCAAAUAGUGAUAAUAAUAAGCCAAAGAUAGAUUUAGACGAUGAUAUUGAUAGAGAAAAAAUCGACCAAAGUCAGCAAACUACGCCAACAUCUCCCAAUAACUCAGAAGGACAAGAUUAUUCAAUGGAAUCUUCCUUCAACGACGAAUCACCAUCUGAAAACUUGAAACCUUUGCCAACGGCCGAUUCUCCUGUUACCGGAAUAUUGAAAGGUGGAAGGCUGUGGAGGCAACAAAGCGGAGAAAAUACCCUAAACGAUCAGCUAACUAAAACCGACUCCAUCUCCGACGAAGAAUCCAACCCGAGAACGGUGCGAUUCAUCGAAGAAGAACAGCAAGAAGUCAACAAACCCCUACGGGAAACCGACCGAGAAGUCGAAGGCAAAGAAUCGACGAAAGACGACGAAAUUCCACCGGCGGAAAACGAAACCAAACCGGAACCAUCCGAAAUGACGCUCACCUUCAAAUUAGGCAACCACGUGUUGAUAUCCAACAACAGUCUAAAACCGAACUCUGCAGUCAGACAACUCUUCCCUUGCACCAAAGGCCUCUCCGGCCAAGCGGAGGAUCGCCAGUACCUCAUCACCGCCGAUUCCCUAAAGGCCUUCGAAGAGGCCAAGCGAUCGAAGCUGCCCCAAUUGAUACAGAACGCCGGCACCGACUCGAUACAGAAGGUCAUCGAGCGGAACUCGCUGAGAAGAUCGCUGUUGCGCUACGAACCGAAGAGCAAGAAGGCCGCCCAAAAGACUGACAACUCGCUGGUGGAGCGCAUCAAACAGCUAACCUGCGACAUCGACGACGCGAGCCAGGAUUCCGACGAACUAUCGGCGAGAGUCAGCCCCACCGGAGAAGAAGCAGACGGCGUCGAAUCGAACGUGUUAUCGAGCAAAAUCAAAGAGUCGCGAAACUUCUCGCCGUCGUCGUCGUCGUCGACGGCGAGCUCCAACUCGUCCACGUCCUCCACCUACAAGAAACUGACGGACAUUUUCGGGAAGAACCGGGAAGAGCCGAAGGCCGUCCAAACUCAAACGCUGCCCGACAUCGGCGGCCCGUUCAACCACGACCUCUACGCGGACAAAUCGAACGACAAUCGCAAGCAAUUCCUGGCGCCGCUGACGGCGUGCGUGAGCGGCAUGGGCCAGCCCGACGAGCACUACUACCAUUUGAGCAACCACGGGUCCAUCAACGGCUCCAACGGCGGCGAGUACACGUUGGAGGACAUCGACGAGGCGCUGGUGAACGACGACGGCAAGAAAUGCGCGCCGGACGUGUUGGCGGGCACGCCCGCCUCCGAAUCGGGCGACGAACUGGUCGAUUUCGUUCAACAAGACGCCAACAGGAUAGAGAGGAUUAAGAAAAAAUACGAAAGCGACCCGUCCAAGCAAGACGACGACGAAAACGACGACUACGGCUUCAACCACAGGCCGAGCGUGCGCGGGAUCAAACCGCGCUUCGGCUCCACCACGGAGAUCCUGCAGCAGAUCCAAAACCAGAUCCAACUGCCGCCGACGAACGCCAACAACAUUUGGCCCUACUACUCGGACGCCGACGCCAACAAGGCCGACGCCAAGCAGAACUCGGCCACGCAGUACCAACCGCCCGACGACGCCAAAGCCAGAGGUUACCAAUACAGACCGGCGUCGCUGCAGGACAAUUACCAGAGCUGCGCCAAUCAAAACUGCUACCAAGCGAAGGUCGGCGUUGAGAUCGAUUGCCUGGCGACGUACCGGAGCGGCAGGCCCAUGUCGCCGCCGCCGCAGGAGGUCUCCAGGACCUUCCACCAGACGAUGGUCUACAUACCGUACAAUCACAUCGAGACCUACCAACAGCCGCCGCCCGCCGCCGUUAAUUACCAAACGAACGAGUACUACCGCUACAAUCAGAACCAAAUCAACAAGAAAUUCAUCGAGCCCGUUUACCAGAAGGUGCACCACGGCGAGGAGUACUGCUCGUCCAACGGGCAGCACCACAAGGUGCUCGCCAAGAACCCCUACUCCGGCGGCUACCAGCCGAUGUUAGUGCCAUCUAGGAGCGAGAGUCCGCUCAUGGGGAGCUACUCCAUGGCUAGGUCCACGCAGACGUCCGUCGGGUGCAUGUCGGGGUGCAAUUUUUACCAAAUACCUUCAACUUUAAGAUUCAGGGACUCGUUGAGGGCGCCGUUCAAGCAGGCGGAUUACGGCAGCAAAAUGAACCGGCACAGUUUCCCUUCGGUGAGACCUCGAUACGCCGCCCCCGAUGCUUCGGAGCACAUCUACGUGGAGGAAAGCAGCUUCCAGCAUUCCAACCGCCUGAACGGUUACUACAAUUACCUUCCCGGCAAGGAGUCCCCCGCGGAUAGUCCCACUAAAGCGAGGUUCAUCGAGCGCGGCGUGCCGGAGGGGGCGGCUAGCGUCUCGCCGCAGGAUUCCGUUCAGGCCGCCGCCAGCGCGAACACGUCGCCGACGAGCGCGCCGCCCCACGGCAAGCCGCUGUUCUACGCGAUGAACGUGUGA